GAUGCAACCGUGUUAAGCGUCGCGUUAUUUUGUUUUCUGUUUUGUUGUUCGUUUUCAUUUCAAUUUGUACCGUUUAUUGUGUGUUUUUGUUACUUAUGUUAAGCCAAUUGGUUUAUUAGGGCAUUUGUGUUGAAGCUCAAGUGAUAUAAAGAACCAUUGCAAUGCUCCUGUGAGGACAACAACAGCGCAUUUAGUUGGUGCUGUGUGCGUGGACCAAGCAACAGGUUUUUCAACUCAACUCGGCGCGCCACCUCAGUUUUCAUUUGUUUUCGAUGUUCCGUGGAGUUCGGUUCGCGUAGCGGGAAAAUCGAAUUGCAAUUUAAUGCAACUUUUAGUGGAAAACGAAGAAAUAACUCCGUUCAAGUGACGCUGAAACGGCAACUCGUUUUUAUACGAUCGCAGGUGUGUACGUCGGUCGGCGGUAUUCCAACGGGUUUUCCAGGAGUUUUUUUUGGCCCAUAACAAGUUCAAACUUGGCCAUAUUAUCACAGUUAACAAGUGCCACCGCAUCUCGGCAAGUGUAUGCGUGAAAAAAGAAGAAAACGCAAAGAAAAUCUCGGCUCAAAACACAAAAUCGCCAUAAAAAUGGAAAGUGUUCGAUACUCGACACUUAUGUGCCGCUAACAACGAUCAUCGAUCCCUGGCUUUUAACCCGUUUUCCAGCCAAAUAAAUAAACAAAAGAAGAGCUCCCCGAAACCGGAAUGGAUGCUCAAUGACAAACGAAUUAAUAAAACGGCAAAAUGAAGAAGCGUUCAAAGCUAAUCUAGGCAUUCCCGCAAACAAGCGAAACCGAAACAAUAUAACAAGUAUUAAAUAACGAGUCUCGUCGAAUGCAAUGAAAAGAAAAAACACCAGUGGCUAGAUCGUUUGUUUGUGAUCAAUUCGAGUGUGUGAGAGAGCGUGACAGAAGCUAAAGAUACGCGGCUCAAAAUGCCAAUAAUCACGGCCACGACAACGGCGACAGCCGGCGGAGGAGCAGGUGUGGUGGCGAGGGGCGUGGCAGCCGCCAAGUCUCCCACCGAUUACCUAAUGCUCCAGCAGCAGCAGCAGCAACAACAGCAGCAGCACUUCGGCAAUCACUUCUAUCAGCAGCAGCAGCCACAGCAGUUGGCGCCUCUGAAUGCUUCCCACCAACACCAGCACUCCCAUCCACAUCCACAUCCACAUCCUGUUGCUGCUCCGACCAGUUUUGCAACAUUUAACGGAAACUCGAAUCUAAAUUCUAGCCUUGCCAACGGAAGCAGCAGAAAAUUCAAUUGCAGCCGCGACAACGUGGACGAUAAUUCUGAUGCCGCCGAUGUUGUUCUUGGAGUUUCCCAGACAUUGUCCGCCGGUAUAGAUGUGGUUGGUAACGGCAACGGGAAUGGCAACGGCGACAAGCCAGCCGGUGUAGCGCCACCAGGGGGUGGGCACCAUCUGCGACCGCCACCGCCGCCGGCACUCAAGAAAUCCGUCGUGUCCUCUUCGGCAGCCGGGAACUCCGCUUCACGUGAGGACGUCGCCUCCUUGAGCGGCACUUCCUCGCUGAACAGCCAGAUGUCGGUGCAUAAUCAGUUUAUCUCCGGAAUGCCAAGCAAUGGCAUUGGCAGCAAUGGGAUUAAUGGAGGAGGCCCCGCCACCGGACGAGCUGCUCCGCCCAGCAGCAUUCUGAAAGGCAGCAAGGAGAAUCUCCUGCAGAAUACAUACUACAAUGGCGAGACAGGUGACAGCAGUCUUGGCAGCGAGUGCGGAGUUGGCGAUGUCCAGCUCCAAAACCAUGAUGAUCCGGGUGACGGAUUGGGACCCCUGCCCCCAAAAUGGGAGACUGCCUACACUGAACGAGGCGAGCUUUACUUCAUCGAUCACAAUACGGGAACCUCGCACUGGCUGGAUCCGCGGCUUUCCAAGUAUCAGAAAAAGUCUCUGGAGGACUGCUGUGAGGACGAGCUGCCCUACGGCUGGGAAAAGAUAGAAGACUCCAUGUACGGGAUGUACUUCAUUGACCACGUGAACCGGCGAACGCAGUACGAGAACCCAGUGCUGGAAGCCAAACGGCGAGCGGCCGAGCAGUGUCAACAACAACAACAACAGCAGCAGUUGCAACAGCAACAGGAACAGCGUUCCAAGACUCCCACUGUGCUGCCAGAGGCUCUUCCCACCGAAACGGCUGAAGAUCGGGAGGAGGAUGAGGGCUCCCCAGUUAAGCUACCCUACAAGUUCACCCGGAAUCCCGCCGAGCUGCAGGGCCAGCGCAUCAACACCACGCUGCUAAAGUCAUCCCGCGGUCUGGGCUUCACCAUUGUGGGUAGCGAUGGCAGCGCUGGCGGGGAUGUGGAGGAGUUUCUGCAGAUCAAAACGGUGGUGCCGAACGGACCCGCCUGGCUGGACGGCCAGCUGCAAACGGGCGAUGUCCUGGUCUACGUGAACGACACCUGUGUUCUGGGAUACACGCACCACGAUAUGGUCAAUAUAUUUCAGUCAAUUCUGCCCGGUGAAAGGGCAUCGCUGGAGGUGUGCCGUGGAUACCCGCUACCCUUUGAUCCGAAUGAUCCCAACAACGAGGUGGUGACCACCAUGGCAGUGGAUGGACGGGAGUCGGAGAAGCAGAGGCGUCUCAACAUGGACGGGAAUUACAACUUCCUGGACUUGUCCGGCGAGGGAGCAAAGAAAGCCAGUGGUGCCGGCAGUGGUUUUAUCCUGAUGAAGAAACCUGAGCUCUACACCUUCUCAAUUAUGAAGGGCUCCAUGGGUUUCGGUUUCACCAUUGCCGACUCCGCCUGUGGUCAAAUCGUAAAGAAGAUCCUCGAUCGGAACUGUUGCACCCAACUGAUGGAAGGUGAUGUUCUGCUAGAAAUCAAUGGGAUGAACGUGCGAAACAAGCCGCACUUUUACGUGGUGGAGCUGCUCAAGGAGUGCAGCCAGACGACGCCCACAGCAGUGAAGAUUCAGCGCACGCCCCCAGAUCAGCCGGCCAACAAUUCGCUCUCCCAACUAAACCAGGUGGGCAAUGUGGCUAAGCUGCGAAAGAACUUCGUUGGCAGCGGCCUCUUCCGCAGCAAGACACCCACGGCGGACUUGUACAGCACCCAGGUGAAGGAGGUGCUGCCGAUGCGACCGAAGACCCCGCUGGUGGACACGCGACGGGCCAGGGUUCAAACACCCAGUAACGAAGUGGAUGGCGAAGGAGAUGGCGUCCCUGCGGCGGAGGGCAGGAAACCGCUUCAGCUGCAGACCCAGGGAAAGUCGAACAGUAGCCUGCAGGAACUGGACGACGUGCCCUACAUGGAUCCCUAUCCCAAGAUAAGCCGCCUCAGCGAGCGUUUGGCGGAGGUCACGCUGCAGGGAGAAGCUAAUGGUGGCAUUUACGGGCUGCCGCCCAGCAUGCAGCCGCUCCCCUUGCCACUGGCCCACCACGAGUCCUGCUAUUGCUACGACUGCCAGGCGCAGCGCUAUCGCCCUGGAUACUUUGUCCAGGCGCAGCAGGCCGCGAUGUCGGGCACCGCCAGUCAGUACUCGCCGCUCCAGACGGCGCAUCUCCAGAAUGAGCGUAUCCAGCGGCGGGUCAACGAGCUGCUCAGCGAUCGGAGACGGGUAGGGUUCGCCAACCUGGAUCCUCCACACCAGCAACAGCAGCAGCAGUUGCAGCACUCGCCCAGCUGGCGGAACGGAGCCCUGCUCGACGCCUCCGAAGAUGCGGACCAGUGCGAGUUGACCGAGGUCACCCUGGAGCGCCAGGCGCUGGGCUUCGGUUUUCGCAUCGUUGGCGGCACUGAGGAGGGCUCCCAGGUCACAGUUGGCCACAUUGUGCCGGGUGGCGCCGCGGAUCAGGACCAGCGCAUCUCCACUGGCGAUGAGAUCCUCAGCAUCGAUGGCAUCAACGUGCUGAACUCUUCGCACCACAAAGUUGUCUCCUUGGUGGGGGAAUCAGCGCUACGUGGGCAGGUCACCAUGAUCCUGCGCCGUCGCCGGAAUCCACUUUUACAGCAGGCUCCAGUUAGUACACAAUUGCGGCGUUAUCCUUACGAUGUUAUCGUGAGUAGGCAUGAAAACGAGGGCUUUGGAUUUGUUAUAAUAUCAUCAUCGAACCAUUACUACGGCUCGACAAUAGGCAAAUUGAUACCCGGCAGUCCGGCCGAUCGAUGCGGAGAGCUCAAGGUAGGAGAUCGCAUAGUGGCUGUGAACCGCAUCGAGAUCGCCGGCAUGUCGCACGGCGAUGUGGUGAAUCUCAUUAAAGAGUCUGGCCUCCAUGUGCGACUCACCAUCGGCGUUCCGUUGAAGGAGGGCGGUCCCAGUCCUGGUGGCAGUAGCGCUGGCGUGGCCAGCAACAGUGCCAUGCAGGCAUCGCCCAGUCUUUUGAAGGCACAGCUCUCCCACCAGCAGCAACUGCCGCAACAGCAUCAGCAACAUCUGCAGCAGGCGCAACUCAAUCACCAUCACCAACACCUGGAAAUGCCAAUGUCAAUGCCCAUGCCAGGACAUGGAAGCUAUUUAGAGCGACCCAGCAACAACAUCGCGGCCACUUUGGCCCUGCACCAGCAGCCGCAGUUAUGACUCUGAGACCUACGUAUUCGGCUCUAUAAGAGCUUUCUUUAGUGUUGGAUCGCUUGUAGGCCCUUAGUUUGUACUUUAGUUAACAAAGUACUAACCCCAAAGACUGAAUUUAGUAGCAUAUAUAAGUCAAACCCAUUGCGAGUCUUCAAACGUUUCGUGAACGCGUUUUUUUCACCAGUUUGCUAGGAACCCAAUUAAGGGGUUAUGCUAAGUAUUUACUUGUACUUAAUCGUUAAGGAAAUUUGCCAGUUUGUGAGAUAUAUAUAUACCAAGUUUUAUCCGUUAUUUUAGAUACUUUAUAGUUGUACAAAUGUAAACGACUUUAAUAUUUUACCAUUUUUUAAUGUAUGUUACUUAAUCACAUUAGACAUUAAAUUGUAUUUUUCAAAUAUACACUUUAUACAGUCAA